UGUUUGUUUGUUUGUUGUGUUGAUUUUUCCUCUGAAGUGAAAAAUAUCUAGCAUCACAUAAAUAUAUUGUUUAGGCCUCGUGCCAGCGUCGCUGAGCUGCUGUCUCCGGGAAGGCCUUGCAGGUCCAGGCGUCCAGCAGGAUGCUGGCCAGGAAGGGCCUCCUGCCAGACGGCUUCCUGCUGACUCGGCUGGCAGAGGACCAGAACCAGCCAAACCGCUGCCGCUCCAGAUCCCAGAGGGCUCGCUUCAUCACCAAGACCGGAUCCUGCAAUGUGGCUCACAAGAACAUCAGGGAGCAGGGUCGAUUCCUGCAGGAUGUUUUCACCACCAUGGUGGAUCUGAAAUGGCAGCACUCCCUCCUCAUCUUCACCUCGGCCUUCCUCUGCUCCUGGAUGCUGUUCGCCAUGGCGUGGUGGCUCCUGGCCUUCGCCCAUGGGGAUCUGGAGCCUCGAGACCCCAACGGUGACCCAGGCCCCGUCCCCUGUGUUACUGCCAUCCAUUCCUUCACCUCAGCCUUCCUCUUUUCCAUUGAAGUUCAGGUGACCAUAGGCUUUGGUGGGAGGAUGGUGACUGAAGAAUGUCCUCUGGCCAUCACUGUAUUGAUCAUCCAGAACAUUCUGGGUCUGAUCAUCAACGCUGUGAUGCUCGGCUGUGUGUUCAUGAAGACGGCUCAGGCCAACCGCCGGGCAGAGACGCUCAUCUUCUCCAGAAACGCUGUCAUUGCUCCGCGAAACGGCCGGCCAACCUUCAUGUUCAGAGUUGGAGACCUGAGGAAAAGCAUGAUCAUCUCUGCCACUGUUCAGCUGCAGGUGAUCCGGCGGACAGUAACGGCAGAGGGCGAGGUGAUCCCGGUGUGCCAGCUGGACAUCCAGGUAGAGAAUCCUCUGAGGAGCAACGGCAUCUUCCUGGUUUCUCCUUUGAUCAUCAGUCACACCAUCGAGAGAGGAAGUCCUCUGUAUGAGCUCUCCGCUCAGUCGCUGGCCACAGACGACCUGGAGAUCAUUGUCAUCCUGGAAGGUGUGGUGGAAACCACAGGGAUCAGCAUGCAGGCUCGGACCUCCUACACCCCUGAGGAGAUCCUCUGGGGGAGGCGCUUCGUCUCCAUCAUGACAGAGGAGGACGGCCGCUACUCUGUGGAUUAUUCUAAGUUUGGAAACACAGUUCCCGUCCGUAUGCCGUCACUCAGUGCCAAAGAGCUGGACCAGACCAGGGGCGUCCAGGAGGGUGCGAGCGAGGUCCAGCUGCAGGGCUGGGGAUUGGUGAGAGCUGGCAGAGGAGGGUUCCGUCGAGGAGGCAGGGCCUGUGAUAGCUCCACCUCUCAGCCCUGGUACGCUCACUCCGAGAAAGAGGCAGAGUUAAACGGGCAGAAGAAAAAGGUGCAGCUGGAGGUGAUUGGACGGCAGAUUGACGAGGACGGGCUCGAUCAGAUGAGUGACUGAGAACCAGGAAAUGUUUAGAAUGUCAGCUAGAACAUUUGUGCUAUUAUUAAUCCGACCAGAGUUCUAGGCAAGACCCACAUGGUUAGGGUUAGGAUUAUUCAAGAAAAACUUUAUUGUCCAUUACACUGUGAUAGAAAACUAUGGUUGGGUAAAGGCUUAUAUGAAAGCUGUUUAAGCAAAUGGGUAACAGAUCAACACAUUCUCUGACCAGUUACAGCACUUGUGGGCAUAUCUUACCCAGAUCUCCAGUGGGAUUCAUGAUAAUGCAGAACCUUUUAGUGUAGACUCCUCUUGUUGUCGUCAUGUUGCUUUACCUGGUGUAGCUUCUCCUGGUGAUGUACAUCAUAUUCUAGUCAGAUAAAGCACAUUGUUUAUAUCCGGCUCAGGUCAUGGCACCUCAGUUCUUAAUAGUUUUACUGUGUAAUGUCUCCACUUUGUAUGGUUUUACAUGGAUGUAUCUGUCUCUUUGUCCAAAAGGUGUUAUU